CCAGGCCCCGCCCCGAAUGGUAGGGAAGCGAACGAAUGAGCAAGCGAAUGAAUGAGUGAUUUCGUGCCGGUCUUCGCAGGUGACACACCAGCAGCUAGGAGCCGCGAGGGGAAGUGGGCAGGAUGAACCGGGCCAAGCCCACCACCGUGCGGAGGCCCAGCGCUGCGGCCAAACCCUCAGGGCACCCUCCACCAGGAGACUUCAUUGCUCUGGGCUCAAAGGGUCAAGCCAAUGAAUCCAAAACAGCAUCUACCCUGCUGAAGCCAGCCCCUUCCGGCCUGCCGUCGGAGCGCAAGCGCGAUGCCGCGGCUGCUUUGUCUGGUGCCUCGGCCCUCACCGGCCUCACCAAACGCCCCAAACUCUCUUCCACACCCCCUCUGAGUGCCCUGGGGCGACUGGCUGAGGCUGCAGUGGCAGAAAAACGAGCCAUUUCUCCCUCAAUUAAAGAACCAUCUGUGGUGCCAAUUGAAGUUCUGCCCACAGUGCUGCUGGAUGAAAUAGAAGCUGCUGAGCUCGAGGGCAAUGAUGACAGGAUCGAGGGAGUGCUGUGCGGGGCCGUGAAGCAGCUGAAAGUCACCCGGGCCAAGCCAGACAGCACGCUGUACCUGAGCCUGAUGUACCUGGCCAAGAUCAAACCCAACAUCUUCGCCACGGAGGGUGUCAUUGAGGCGUUGUGCAGCCUCCUGCGGCGGGACGCCUCCAUCAAUUUCAAGGCCAAGGGGAACAGCCUGGUGUCUGUGCUGGCCUGUAAUCUCCUCAUGGCUGCCUAUGAGGAGGACGAGAACUGGCCUGAGAUCUUCGUCAAGGUGUACAUCGAGGACUCCCUAGGGGAGCGGAUUUGGGUGGACAGCCCCCACUGCAAGACAUUUGUGGACAAUAUCCAGACGGCGUUUAACACUAAGAUGCCCCCCAAGAGCGUGCUGCUGCAGGGGGAGGUGGGCCGCAGCGGAGGGGAUCUCGGGGCUGGGAGCAGCCCCCACCCCUCCCUCACAGAGGAGGAGGAUAGCCAGACAGAGCUGCUGAUUGCUGAGGAAAAGCUGAGCCCUGAGCAGGAGGGCCAGCUCAUGCCCAGGUACGAUGACCUCGCAGAGAGUGUGGAGGAGUAUGUUCUGGACAUGCUCCGUGACCAGCUCAAUCGGCGGCAGCCCAUCGACAAUGUCUCCAGGAACCUCCUGCGGCUUCUCACUUCCACCUGCGGCUAUAAGGAGGUACGGCUGAUGACAGUGCAGAAGCUGGAGAUGUGGCUGCAGAACCCGAAGCUGACCCGGCCAGCCCAGGACCUGCUGAUGUCGGUCUGCAUGAACUGCAACACACAUGGCGUGGAGGACAUGGAUGUCAUUUCCCAUCUGAUCAAAAUCCGCCUCAAGCCCAAAGUUCUCCUCAACCACUACAUGCUCUGUGUCAGAGAGCUGCUGAAUGCGCACAAGGACAACCUGGGCACCACUAUCAAGUUUGUGAUUUUCAAUGAACUGUCUAAUGCCCGAAACCCAAACAACAUGCAGAUCCUGUACACCGUGUUGCAGCACAGCUCAGAGCUGGCACCAAAGUUCCUGGCCAUGGUGUUCCAGGACCUGCUGACCAACAAGGAUGACUACCUUCGGGCCUCGCGGGCCCUGCUCCGGGAAAUCAUCAAACAGACCAAGCAUGAGAUCAACUUCCAGGCCUUCUGCCUUGGGCUCAUGCAAGAGCGCAAGGAGCCCCAGUACCUGGACAUGGAGUUCAAGGAACGGUUUGUGGUUCACAUAACAGACGUGCUGGCUGUGUCCAUGAUGCUGGGCAUCACGGCACAGGUGAAGGAGGCUGGUGUCGCCUGGGACAAGGGAGAGAAGAGGAACCUGGAGGUGCUGCGCUCAUUCCAGAACCAGAUUGCUGCGAUCCAGAGGGAUGCUGUCUGGUGGCUUCACACCGUCGUCCCCUCCAUCAGCAAACUUGCACCCAAGGACUACGUGCACUGCCUCCACAAGGUGCUUUUCACCGAACAGCCAGAGACUUACUACAAGUGGGACAACUGGCCACCCGAGAGUGACCGCAACUUCUUCCUACGUCUCUGCUCAGAGGUGCCCAUACUGGAGGACACCCUGAUGCGCAUCUUGGUCAUCGGACUGUCCCGGGAGCUCCCACUGGGCCCUGCAGAUGCCAUGGAACUUGCUGAUCAUCUCGUGAAGCGAGCUGCGGCUGUGCAGGCAGAUGAUGUGGAGGUGCUGAAGGUGGAGAGAAUUCAGCUGAUUGAUGCCGUCCUGAACCUGUGCACCUAUCAUCAUCCAGAGAACAUCCAGCUCCCGCCUGGGUAUCAGCCUCCAAACCUUGCCAUCUCAACCCUCUACUGGAAGGCGUGGCCCCUCCUGCUGGUCGUUGCUGCGUUCAACCCUGAGAACAUCGGCCUGGCCGCCUGGGAGGAGUACCCCACCCUGAAGAUGCUCAUGGAAAUGGUGAUGACCAAUAAUUAUUCGUACCCCCCAUGCACCCUGACGGAUGAGGAGACCCGGACAGAGAUGAUUAAUCGGGAGCUGCAGAUCUCCCAGCGGGAGAAGCAGGAGAUCCUGGCAUUUGAGGGACAUCUGGCUGCCGCCUCCACCAAGCAGACCAUCACUGAGAGCAGCAGCCUCCUCCUGUCUCAGCUCACUAGCUUGGACCCCCAAGGGCCCCCCCGGAGGCCUCCCCCUCACAUUCUGGAUCAAGUGAAAUGCCUCAACCAGUCCCUCCGCCUCGGCCACCUCCUGUGUCGGAGCCGCAACCCCGACUUCCUCCUCAACAUCAUCCAGAGGCAGGCCUCCUCGCAGUCCAUGCCCUGGCUGGCCGACCUGGUGCAGUCCAGCGAGGGCUCCCUGGAUGUGCUGCCCGUGCAGUGCCUGUGUGAGUUUCUGCUGCACGAUGCUGCCGAUGACACGGCCUCCGGGGAGGAGGAGGAGGAGGGCGAAAGCCGAGAGCAGAAGGCCAAGAAGCGGCAGAGACAGCAGAAGCAGCGGCAGCUGCUGGGCCGCCUGCAAGACCUGCUGCUGGGCCCAAAGGCCGACGAGCAGACCACAUGCGAGGUGCUGGACUACUUCCUGCGUCGCCUGGGUUCCUCCCAGGUUGCCUCCAGGGUACUGGCCAUGAAGGGUUUGUCGCUGGUGCUUUCAGAGGGCAGCCUGCGGGACGGGGAGGAGAAGGAGCACCCCAUGGAGGAGGACUCAGGGGACACGGACAUGCUGCAGGGCUACCAGUGGCUGCUGCGGGACCUGCCCAGGCUGCCCCUGUUCGACAGCGUUAGGACCACCACUGCCCUGGCGCUGCAGCAGGCAAUCCACAUGGAGACCGACCCCCAGACCAUCAGCGCCUACCUGGUGUACUUGUCCCAACACAUGCCGGUGGAGGAGCAGGGCCAGCACAGCGACCUGGCCCUGGACGUGGCCCGGCUCGUUGUGGAGCGCUCCACCAUCAUGUCCCACCUCUUCUCGAAGCUAUCCUCCAGUGCUGCUUCGGACGCUGUGCUGGGUGCCCUGCUCUCCAUCUUCUCCCGCUAUGUGAGGCGCAUGCGCAAGAGCAAGGAGGGCGAGGAGGUCUACAGCUGGUCAGAGUCUCAAGACCAGGUCUUCCUGCGCUGGUCUAGUGGAGAGACCGCCACCAUGCACAUCCUUGUGGUCCAUGCCAUGGUCAUUCUGCUGACGCUGGGCCCGCCCCGAGCUGGAGAUGGGGAGUUCCACGCAUUGCUGGACAUCUGGUUUCCAGAGAAGAAGCCCCUGCCCACCGCCUUCCUGGUAGACACAUCUGAAGAGGCGCUGCUGCUGCCUGACUGGCUGAAGCUGCGCAUGAUCCGCUCGGAGGUGCCUCGCCUGGUGGAUGCUGCUUUACAGGACCUGGAGCCUCAGCAGCUGCUGCUCUUCGUGCAGUCCUUUGGCAUCCCCGUGUCUAGCAUGAGCAAGCUCCUCCAGUACUUGGACCAGGCAGUGGCUCAUGAUCCCCAGACCCUGGAGCAGAACAUCAUGGACAAGAAUUACAUGGCUCACCUGGUUGAGGUUCAACAUGAGAGAGGUGCUUCUGGAGGCCAGACAUUCCACUCCCUACUCACAGCCUCCCUGCCCCCCCGACGAGACAGUGUAGAGGCACCAAAACCCAAAAGCAGCCCAGAGCACCCUCCAGGGCAGGGGAGAAUUCGGGCUGGGACUCAGGUCCGGGUGCUUGGUCCUGAGGAUGACUUGGCCAGCAUGCUCCUGCAGAUCUUCCCGCUGAGCCCUGACCCACGGUGGCAGAGCUCCAGUCCCCGCCCCAUUGCCCUUGCACUGCAGCAGGCCCUGGGCCAGGAGCUGGCCCGAGUCCGCCAGGGGAACCCCGAGGUGCCAGGCAUCACGGUGCGCUUCCUGCAGGCCAUUGCCACGCUGCUCAGCUCCCCGCACAGUGGGGCCCUGGUGAUGUCCAUGCACCACAGUCACUUCCUCUCCUGCCCACUGAUGCGCCAGCUGUACCAGUACCAGCGCUGUGUGCCCCAGGACACCGGCUUCUCCUCGCUCUUCCUCAAAGUGCUCAUGCAGAUGCUACAGUGGCUGGACAGCCCUGCUGUGGAGGACGGGCCCCUCCGGGCCCAGCUCAAGCUGUUCGCCACCCAGUACUCGGCAAGACACAGGAUCAGCGACGUGCGAAGUGGGCUCCUGCACCUGGCUGAGUCCCUGACCUUCCGUCGGGACCUGGACGUGGUCAGCUCUACUGUCCGGGCCAUCAUCGCCACCCUGAAGUCUGGGGAGAAGUGCAGCGUGGAGCCAGAGCUCAUCAGCAAAGUUCUCCAGGGUCUGAUAGAGGUGAGAUCCCCUCACCUGGAGGAGCUGCUGACUGCGCUCUUCUCUGCCACCAUGGACGUCACCUCCUCUUUUCCGGCCUUGAAGCCCAUUGUGGUGGUGAGCUCCCUGCUGCUGCAGGAGAAGGAGGAGCCCCCGUCCCCAGCAAAGCAGGACCCAGAUGUCAGCAGCCUGGAGGCCGUGCGGCUGGGACCCUCGUCUGGGCUUCUUGUGGACUGGCUGGAGAUGCUGGAUCCCGAGGUGGUCAGCUGCUGCCCCGACCUGCAGCAGAAGCUGCUCUUCUCCCGGAGGAAGGGCAAAGGCCACAGUGGCACCCAGGUGCUGUCGUUCCGCCCCUACCUCCUGGCCCUCUUCACACACCAGUCCAGCUGGUCCACACUGCACCAGUGCAUUCGCGUCCUGCUGGGCAAGAGCCGGGAACAGAGGUUUGACCCUUCUGCCUCCCUGGAUUUCCUCUGGGCCUGCAUCCAUGUUCCCCGGAUCUGGCAGGGAAGGGACCAGCGCACCCCACAGAAGCGGCGCGAGGAGCUGGCGCUUCAGGUCCAGGCUCCGGAGCUCAUCAGUCUGGUGGAGCUGAUCCUGGCUGAGGCGGAAACCAAGAGCCAGGAUGCGGACACCGCUGCUGGCACUCUCCUCCAGGCCCGGGUGCCCCUGCUGCUCAGCUGCUGCCAUGGAGAUGAUGAGAGCAUCAGGAAAGUGACAGAGUACCUGACAGGCUGCAUCCAGCAGUGGGGUGACAGUGUGCUGGGCAGACGCUGCCGAGACCUGCUCUUGCAGCUCUACCUACAGCGGCCAGAGCUCCGGGUGCCCUUGCCCGAGGUCCUGCUGCACAGCGAAGGGGCCACCGGCAGCAGCAUUUGCAAGAUGGACGGUCUCAUUCACCGCUUCAUCACCCUCCUUGCGGACACCAGUGACUCCCGGUCAUCCGAGAACCGAGUGGCAGAUGCCAACAUGGCCUGUCGGAAGCUGGCUGUGGCCCACCCCAUCCUGCUGCUCAGACAUCUGCCCAUGAUCGCUGCCCUCCUACACGGCCGAACCCACCUCAACUUCCAGGAGUUUCGGCAGCAGAAUCACCUGACGUUCUUUGUCCACGUGCUGGGGGUCCUGGAGCUGCUGCAGCCACAGGUGUUCCAAAAUGAGCACCAGGGGGCACUGUGGGACUGCCUGCUCUCCUUCGUCCGCCUGCUCCUGAAUUACAGGAAGUCCUCACGCCACCUGGCUCCCUUCAUCAGCAAGUUCGUGCAGUUUAUCCACAAGUACAUCACCUGCAACGCCCCAGCGGCGGUCUCCUUCCUGCAGAAACAUGCUGACCCACUCCACGACCUGUCCUUCGACAACAGUGACCUGGUGAUGCUGAAAUCCCUCCUUGCAGGGCUCAGCCUUCCCAGCAGGGAUGGCAGAGCUGACCGAGGUCUGGAUGAGGAAGGCGAGGAUGAGAGCUCGGCCGGCUCCCUGCCCCUGGUCAGUGUCUCCCUCUUCACUCCUCUGACCACGGCCGAGAUGGCCCCUUACAUGAAGAGGCUUUCCCGGGGCCAGACUGUGGAAGAUCUGCUGGAGGUUCUCAGUGACAUAGACGAGAUGUCCCGGCGGAGACCUGAGAUCCUAGGCUUCUUCUCGACCAACCUACAGCGGCUAAUGAGCUCAGCCGAGGAGUCCUGCCGCAACCUGGCCUUCAGCCUGGCCCUGCGCUCCAUCCAGAACAAUCCCAGCAUUGCAGCCGACUUCCUGCCCACAUUCAUGUACUGCCUGGGCAGCCGGGACUUUGAGGUGGUGCAGACGGCCCUUAGGAACCUACCUGAGUACACCCUCCUCUGCCAAGAGCAUGCAGCCGUGUUGCUGCACCGGGCCUUCUUGGUGGGUAUGUAUGGCCAAGUGGACACCAGUGCCCAGAUCUCCGAGGCCCUGAAGAUUCUGCACAUGGAGGCCGUGAUGUGAACCUGAAGCAGCCCCAUCGACACACCAGUCCCUGGUCCUUCAGCACGUUAUUGGGGUCCCCAAGGCCAAGCCCAGGAGAACUGGCCCACUGGUGGUCUUGCCCAGGAGGGGGUGGGGGCACCAAACCAACCUGAGGCUGGGCAGGGGCUGGGAGCAGCACUCAGAGCCCACAGUGAUAGCUCCCAGGCCAGCUGCUGCCAUGGGAGGUGGCUGUCUACCAAGGCCUCACCAACUUCCAGGUUGUGGCCCUGCUACAGGGCAGUGGGAGGGAACUGCCCAGCCACCAGGAUAGGCUGGUGUCCCAGUGAGGCAUGGUGAGGGGCUGGUUUUAAAUGAAACAUUAAUUUCCCGUGU